CUGUAAAUUUAGUAUUUGAAGAAACGGAGGAGAUAUUAGACUAGAGGCACAGAAAGAAGAGAAGAGAAAGAAUGGGAACAGUGGGUGGUGGGGGUUUUGGAAUGUGGAGAAUCCCCCAUUCUAAUUUUGAUGAAAAUGGAAAAAGAAUCAGAAAGAAUAUUCCCAAUUCAUCAUCUGGGUCAUCACCAUCAUCAGUAGUUGUUGGUGGAUGGUUUCCAUUAAAGCAAGCAGUGACAGCCGCCAGUCUUGCCCUAACCGGUGACACCAUUGCUCAGCUCCGAGACAGAUAUCAACAUCAUUCUGAUAGUAAUAAUAAUGAUGAUGAUCCUCAUCAGGAUGCCAGAUGGAGUCUCAUGGACCAUAAUUGGCUUAGAGCACUAAGAAUGGCUUCAUAUGGGUUCCUUCUCUAUGGACCUGGUUCUUAUGUCUGGUACCAGUAUCUUGAUCGUUGGAUGCCACAACAGACGGCACAAAAUGUCUUGAUUAAGGUAGUGUUGAACCAAAUCGUACUUGGUCCCUCUGUUAUUGCUGUUGUUUUUGCAUGGAAUAAUCUAUGGCAAGGGAAGCUUGCUGAACUCCCAAACAAGUAUCAGAAAGAUGCUCUACGUACCUUGCUUUUUGGGUUCAGAUUCUGGAUUCCUGUUAGUGUGAUUAAUUUCUGGGCAAUUCCUCUUCAAGCCCGUGUUGCUUUCAUGUCAUUGAAUUCUAUAUUCUGGAAUUUCUACUUGUCAUCGACUAUGAGCAAGUGAGCAUGUCCAUGCUUUUCCUUUGAGGCUUGUCUUUGACCAGCAGGUGGUUCCAAUCUCCAUCACCAGGUAGCUGUUGCAGUUUAUUACUCUUAAUAAGUGGGAUCUCACCAUACACAUUUAUAUCUGUACACGAGCUCACUAGGCUUACACGUUUACGUGCAUUUCCAGGCUCUCAGAUUUAGGUGCAACGUGCAAACCAUCUUGAAGAAUGAAGUAAGAUGGAACUGACAGAAAGACGUUCAUAUUCCCCAUUUAUUUAUAUAUUAUGCAAUCGUUAAGGUUUAAAUUAGUGAUUUGGUAACUUACUAAUGUUGUGACUUUAUGUAACUGUUUAAGCUUCCUUUACUUCUUAUAUGGAGACAAGGGUGUUUUACGUUA